AUGUUCUUCACUGUAUCUAUAACACCAAUCAUCUGGUUCAAUCUUCUACUUUGCAUCGCUUCUGAUAAAAAUGAAACUUUCUAUCCACCUAAUUUCGGCGCUGCUGAUGAAAUUAUUACAAAUAAUACUUAUUCUGGUGUCUCAGAUAGCUUUGAUUACAACAACUUUGAACCAUUAUUUAGCUCAGAAUUUCUGUUCGAUCCUUCGCAAUUCAUUGAUUUCGCUCAAGUGAGUGGAAUUGAGGAUAUAAGCAGUAAAGAAUCGAAUUCUGAGACCGAUCUGUUCACAAUUACUCCUCAUCCUGGUUUCAUCUCACCUAGUUAUGAUGAUUUCAUUGUCCACACUAAUUUGGAGUCAUCACUUGCCUCAAAUUUGGAUUCAUUAUGGAGAGAUGCCAAUGGAGAAUUAAAAACGAAUGAUGAUAAAGCACGAUAUCCUUCCAUUAGAGAUACUCAAAGUGGGACUUCUUCGCCACUUAAUGUCGACACCGAUGACAUUAUCACGUAUAUGCACUUACCUGGUUCACAACAAAAUGUCGUUCCGAUCUAUUUUCACCAACUUACUCUUUCCUCAGACGGUACAUCCGGUCAACAUGGAAAUGCUGAACUGAUCAACAUGGACAAUAAGCACUUCUCGGAUAACUUGAAUGUCCCCAAGUACAGGGGAAAUACCAAUGAAGGAUCAGAAACAAAUGCUCAAAGUGGGACUUCUUCGCCACUUAAUGUCGACACCAAUGACAUUAUCACGUAUAUGCACUUACCUGGUUCACAACAAAAUGUCGUUCCGAUCUAUUUUCACCAACUUACUCUUUCCUCAGACGGUACAUCCGGUCAACAUGGAAAUGCUGAACUGAUCAACAUGGACAAUAAGCACUUCUCGGAUAACUUGAAUGUCCCCAAGUACAGGGGAAAUACCAAUGAAGGAUCAGAAACAAAUGCUCAAAGUGGGACUUCUUCGCCACUUAAUGUCGACACCAAUGACAUUAUCACGUAUAUGCACUUACCUGGUUCACAACAAAAUGUCGUUCCGAUCUAUUUUCACCAACUUACUCUUUCCUCAGACGAUACAUCCGGUCAACAUGGAAAUGCUGAAGAGAGCAACAUCGAUAACACAUCAAUGAAGGAUCAAAAACAGGUCAAUGAAGGAUCAAAAACAGACGAACGAAGCUACGAAUGUGUCUAUCGAGGAUGUACUAUGGUCACAAAAGAUUACAAUGAAUAUAUAGCACAUAGAAAAGCACAUGGUCAACCCUUCAUCUAUGAAUGUAAAGUGCCCGGUUGUGGACGGACAUUCGAUCGUAAACCAUCAUUUUACAAUCACAAGCAAACGCAUGAAUAUCAUCAUCAGUGCAAGUGCUGUGGCAAAUUCUUUAGUACCAAAAAUGGACUACAAAAACACAAGAAGAACUGCCCAACAAAAUUUCAUAAACGAGGUUAUGAAUGCCUUUAUUCUGGAUGUGCUGUGAUCUCGAAAAGUUUCAACGAUAAUCUAAAGCAUAAAAGAACACACAAUGGACCUUUUAUUUAUGAAUGCAAAGUGUCCGGUUGUGGACGAACAUUCAACCAUGAAUCAUCGUUACGCGACCACAAGCAAACGCAUGAACCUCGUUGUCAAUGCGAGGGCUGUGGCAAAUUCUUUUAUCGUAUGAGUGUAUUAAAACUUCACAAGAAAUCGUGUUCCAGAGCUCCUCGUUAG